GCUUUUUUUCCCGCUUCCUACCUCCCUCCUUCCCCGUCGUCGCGAAUCGCAUCGAGAUUCGCGCGGCCGUGUCUUGCUCCGAGCUGCUGCUUACCCCUCUCGGUCGCGUCCGCGCCCAGAUCUCUAGCUCGCUCGCCGGUGCUCGGGCUAGAUCUGGCCGCGGCGAGGAGGCGGAGUCCGGCCGGAGGUUGGUGAGGUCCGAGGGGGAGGGGAGGAAGGACGUGCGCCAUGGAGCUGGCGGUGGGCGGGGGGAUGCGGCGGUCGGCGUCGCACACCUCGCUGUCGGAGUCAGACGACUUCGACCUCUCGCGGCUGCUCAACAAGCCGCGGAUCAAAGUCGAGCGCCAGCGCUCCUUCGACGACCGCUCGCUCAGCGACGUCUCGCACUCCGGCGGCUACGCCAGGGGUGGCGGCGGCUUCGAUGGCAUGUACUCGCCGGGGGGCGGCCUGCGCUCCCUCAUCGGCACGCCGGCCUCCUCCGCGCUCCACUCCUUCGAGCCUCACCCCAUCGUCGGCGACGCGUGGGAGGCGCUCCGCCGCUCCCUCGUCUUCUUCCGCGGCCAGCCACUCGGUACCAUCGCCGCCUUCGACCACGCAUCCGAGGAAGUCCUCAACUACGACCAGGUGUUUGUGAGGGAUUUCGUGCCGAGCGCGCUGGCGUUCCUGAUGAACGGCGAGCCGGAGAUCGUCAAGAACUUCCUUUUGAAGACCCUGCUGCUGCAGAGCAGGGAGAAGAAAGUCGAUCGGUUCAAGCUCGGGGAGGGGGCCAUGCCGGCCAGCUUCAAGGUGCUGCAUGAUGCGAAGAAGGGCGUCGAUACCCUACAUGCCGAUUUUGGGGAGAGCGCGAUUGGGAGGGUUGCGCCGGUGGAUUCCGGCUUCUGGUGGAUCAUACUCCUACGGGCCUACACAAAGUCCACAGGGGAUUUGACGCUGGCAGAGACACCGGAGUGCCAGAAAGGGAUGAGGCUUAUACUCAGCCUGUGCUUGUCUGAGGGGUUUGAUACCUUCCCGACAUUGUUAUGUGCUGAUGGUUGCUGCAUGAUAGAUCGCAGAAUGGGUGUGUAUGGCUACACCAUUGAAAUCCAAGCCCUUUUCUUUAUGGCACUUAGGUGUGCUCUUCAAAUGCUUAAGCAUGAUACUGAAGGGAAUGAGUUUGUAGAGAAGAUUGCUACUCGCCUUCAUGCUUUAAGUUAUCACAUGCGAAGCUAUUUUUGGCUUGAUUUCCAGCAGCUAAAUGACAUUUAUCGCUAUAAGACAGAAGAAUAUUCCCACACAGCUGUCAACAAAUUCAAUGUUAUUCCAGAUUCUAUUCCGGACUGGUUAUUUGAUUUUAUGCCUUGUCAAGGUGGUUUUUUCAUUGGUAAUGUCAGUCCUGCAAGGAUGGACUUCCGCUGGUUUGCACUUGGAAACAUGAUUGCCAUACUUUCGUCUCUUGCUACACCUGAGCAAUCUACGGCCAUAAUGGAUCUUAUUGAGGAGCGCUGGGAAGAGCUAAUCGGUGAAAUGCCUCUGAAGAUAUGUUAUCCAGCUAUCGAGAACCAUGAAUGGCGAAUUGUGACAGGUUGUGACCCAAAAAAUACCAGAUGGAGUUACCACAAUGGAGGAUCAUGGCCAGUUCUUUCUGCAGUACUUCUCUGGCUGCUGACUGCAGCCUGCAUCAAGACUGGCCGGCCGCAAAUUGCAAGAAGAGCAAUUGACCUAGCUGAGAGGAGGCUGUUAAAGGACGGCUGGCCAGAGUAUUAUGAUGGGAAGCUUGGGCGUUAUGUUGGCAAGCAGGCGCGGAAAUUCCAGACUUGGUCCAUUGCAGGGUAUUUGGUUGCCAAGAUGAUGCUGGAGGACCCUUCACAUCUUGGCAUGAUUUCCCUGGAAGAGGAUAGGGCGAUGUUGAAGCCUGUUUUGAGGAGGUCCGCGUCGUGGACAAACUGAGAUGUUGACGAAAACUUUUAGGGAAGCAAAGUCAGCUGUAGACACGAAUUCUUCGGGUAGAGCUUGCCUGCUGAUCCCUUCCUUUGACUUUCCAAACUGGAAAGGUUUGCUUUCUCUUGUCUCCUCGGUUGUACAAUACCUCAGCUCAUUUCCUGAGUUGAAAAGAAGCAAUUGCGGGAAGGGGCGUUUUGGUUUUUCUAUCCCUCGUUGUAAGAAGAUACACUGAUUCUUGCUUUGGUCAUCCUACAAGUUAUCGAUCCUUUUGGUUGGGCUCAGCUUUGUUGUAUGAGUUGACUAUACAGCUGAAUACGCUGAUCCGAGCUCCCCUGUGAUGUGAGCAACAGAAGUGGUAUGCUAACGAAUAAAGUUCUUUUGGUUUUUUUCUGCAUGGUUACAUGCCUACA